CGCACUUCCUCUCUAGCCGCGGUCUCGCACUCUAUGCUCCUCGGUCGGGCGGCCAGCGGGGAGGGUUGCGCAGAGGGAGGCGGGGCGGGAAGGCUAGAGGUGUCCGAUCCUCCAGUGCCGCGGGAGACCCGAGCCGGCGGUGUGACAGCUCGUCGGCCGCCAUGUCCGCGCGCGGGGCUGGAAACAGACCCGGCGCCCGGCGGUAGCCCUUGCAUUGCCUCGGAUGCCCAGGCAUGGAGGGUCUUUGAUGAGACGUUAAAACAGUUCCACAAAAGAUGCGCUAAUGGAUGACAGCGACCCUCCUACAUACAGUCUGCAGAUAGAGCCACAAGAUGGAUGUCAUCCGGGGGACAGCGUGGAAAGGAGAGUGACACGCUUGCCUUCUGUCUCAGACGAAAAUGAAAAUCAGCUUGCUGGAGACGGGCCUGCAGGUCUGACCACCAGUGAAGGCGCCAUGGGGAGAGCCACAGUGUCUGAACAGGACAGUCUCAACAAUAACGAAAGCUUCCCGUCCAGCUGCGAGGCAGCCCCCACGGAGAACGCAGAAAACACUCCAAGCGAAGGUCCCAAAGAUGACCCACCUUCCUUGGGACAGGACCAAAACCUACCUGCAAAAAGAAGUCCAAGGGCCAAAAAAGGCACUCCUAAGAGCGCACCUCCAGGUGAUGCCGUACCUGUAAUGCAGACGCAGAAUGCAACGUCACAGGCUGGUGGCAAGGAGGAGGCUGCGGGAGUGAACGCGAAUGACCCACCCAAAGCGCCAGCGCUGCAGCCGCUCUUCUCGCUGAUCCGAGGCGAGGUGGCACAGAUGGACUCUAGGGCACUUCCCCUCUUCCUCCACCAGGUAGCUGAGACCUAUUUCCAGGAAGAAGACUAUGAGAAAGCAAUGAAAUUUAUUCAGCUUGAACGGCUAUAUCAUGAGCAAUUGCUUGCAAAUCUUUCUGCCAUUCAGGAACAAUGGGAAACAAAAUGGAAAGCUGUCCAGCCACGUACAGUGACGCCUCUGAGAAAUUCAGAAAAGGGAUUUAAUGGUGAAGAUUUUGAACAGCUUGCUAAAAUUUGCACAACUCACCAAGACCCUCUCUUGUCCAAGCUUAAGAUAGCGCCUGUGGAACCGUCACCAGAGAGGAAAAGCCUUGCGAGGGCGAUAAUGUCUGAAGAGGCAGUGGGGACAGAAGCAGCAGCCAAAGAGCCAGAGAUUGAAACCUGUCCCGGCACGGAUCCAAGUGGAGGCCGGCAUGAGGAGGAGCCCCAGGAGAGCAGCCCCGGCUGUCAUCAGAUGGACUGGCAGACAGCUUCCCCCGACCUUCCAGGAACUGCAGGAAAGGACCACACGGAGGAGCUGCCCAGCAGCACCAAUGCCACACUGGAGCUCCACACCCAGUCCCUGGAGACAGCCGGGAGCAGGUCAGGGCCAGCUGCUGCCUCGAAUGCUUGCGAAGACAGCAGCUGCGUGCCGGCACCUCCCACAGAGGACCACUGCGGUGUGGCCAGAGACCCUAAGGUGGCUCCUCCUAGUGAGUCAGUGGCAGAGCAGAAACUCUCCACCAGCGACGACGACGUUGCACUGCCUGGGUUGAUUUCAGAGGGUAAAUAUUCACAGGCACACCGGAAAGAACUCUGCCUUCCUCUGCAGGAUGCAUUUGAAGCGCUGCCCAGGGACCAGCCUCACAACAGUGAGGUAGCUGAGCCGCGGCAGCCUGAUGUCACGGCCAGUGAUGGGAAAUCAGCACAGAGUCAGGCUGGCUUGGAGACUGGUCCUGAGAGUGCACUCUGUGGUGACAGGAAAGCCUCUGACGUAAGCACACUGUGUCUGGAAGUGUGUAUGGCCCCAGAAGAAAGGCGGGACAGUGAAGACCGAGUGAGUAAGGAAACAGAAGACUAUCUGCACAGCCUUUUGGAGAGAUGCUUAAAGGACGCUGAAGAUUCCCUGUCCUACGAGGACAUCCAGGACGACGACUCUGACCUCCUCCAAGACCUCUCUCCUGAAGAAGCGUCCUACAGUCUCCAGGAGAAUCUGCCUCCUGAGGAGAGCACGCUCUCCCUUGAUGAUCUGGCCAAGAAGAUAGAGAUCGCAGAGGCCAUUCCUGCAGAAGGGCUGGUGUCCAUACUGAAGAAGAGGAAUGACACAGUAGGCAGCCAUCCUGCACAGAUGCAGCAGAAGCCGGCUAAGCGCAGAGUGAGAUUCCAGGAAAUAGACGACAACCUGGAGCAAGAUGAGGCUGGUGGUGGUUCCUGCAUCCUGCUCAUCUUGCUGUGCAUAGCCACUGUCUUCCUCAGCGUUGGAGGAACUGCACUCUACUGCACCCUGGGCAACAUUGAGUCACCUGUUUGCACGGACUUUGCCGACAACGUGGACUUCUAUUACACUAAGCUGCUGCAGGGGGUGGCAGGGCUGAAACACUGGGUCUACCUCUCCUAGCAGUAAGUGUGGCAGGCGUGACAGAUGGGCUGACAGACAAAGAAGAUGCAGACUUCCCAGACAGCGUUUAUCUCAGAAGUCAUGAGACAUCCCCCCUCCCUGGCAUCAAGGACCCAAGGAUGAACGUUAGAAACAGCAACAUUAAACAGCCGCCCAGGGAACACAGAUGUAGGCACUGAGGACAGAGGGAGGGAGCUAUGUCGAGCAGGCCCCUCUCCUUGCUGCUUCCUCGUGUCCACAGUGUGUGCGGGGCUCACACUGAGGGCUAAAGGGCACUCCUGGUUUACAGUCUUGCUCCACAGCCAUUGCUUCCCGCCAUCAUGCAAUAAGUUUUUUUUGUCAUCAGAGAGCGUUAUCUUAUGGCUUCAGUGCCAUUUUUUUUAGUUAAUCUCGGGAACUGUGUGAUUUAAGCCUUGGGCAUUACUCUAGAUUCUGGUCUCCAUUUGCAAAAUGGUUGUGGGGGGCGGAGGUGGAGGUGGUCUGAAGCAGUGAUCACAAGUGGAUAGCCAGCAUAGAAUACAAAGAUGACCUUUAUUCUUUUAACUUGACAACCAUGUGCAGGCACAACUCUUUGGAGAAGGCUUAGCUAUGAACUAGAUAAACUGUAGAGAUGUUGGCCCCGAGUUGAGAACUGACAGACCUGUGUCGAUGAACUUGACAGGCCCAAAGGCACAGUGACAGAACUCCCAGGUCCCAGGAGAGAGUUCACUCUGGCUUCUGUGCUGCCUCAAGAGAUGAGUGCCAGGCUCUGUGCACAGCUCAAGAGAAACUUACCGGGUGUCUGUUAUGCCCUGAGAACCUCAGGAGAGCAACCUGAGUAAGGCGUGGUUCCUACUGUGCAGGUGUUUAGGGCAGGUAAACCCACACUCUGACGAAUGAAGCAGACCACCACAUGUAUGCGUAAUCUCAGGCCGCACGCUUAGGUGUGUGGAAUGUGUUCCUACCGUGGGCUCAUGAAGCAGAAAUCCAGUCAUACCCUAAAGAGACAAACGUCUAGUGUUGUUUAAUUCUGUCACCAGGUGGCCAUUCCUCAUUUGCAGUACAGUGACCUAAUGUUUAGGAGGCCUUCCUUUGACUUUUUAUAUUCUAGGCAACAUCUUUUUUUAAAAAUCAUGAAUUAUAGUUUUUUAGCAAGUGACCGUUAUGUUCUGUUUUCCUGUUGGGAUCAUUUGGAAGGAAGGAGAGAACUGGCUUUGCAGGUGUUACUGGCUGGCACAGUACCUUCCUUUGUGUCUCUGCUUAUUUAUUUGGAGUGUGAAUUUAAGGGGCUUUUUUUUAUGAAUUGAGCGUGCGCUGCUGAGCCUGCAUUCCUUCAUCCCACCGCUGCCUAUUUAAUUAGAUGCUUAGUGUUUGGAUUUUAUACCAUUUCAGCUCCAUGUAUUUUUAGACUUAUUUUGAAAUUGACUUUUUAUUUUGACUUAUGAUACUGUGUGGCUUAUCUCUUAUGUCACCAUAAACUGUAAUAUUUUCGAUGGGUAUAGAUCAGAGUUAUUUAUUUAGAAGUAUACAGAAUGCUGAAAUUUAGAUUCGUUAUACCUAAGGCUGAUUUUAUUAGAAGAUUAUUUUAAUGUCCUACUAUAAACUUUAAGACUUUGUAUUCAUAUCAUAUGUAAAAUAGGUCCCAUCAUCCUGGUACAGUGGUUCUAUAGAAGCCACUAGCGAGGUCAUCUGUGCAGGCUCCUCUCGAUACACAAACAUUUCACCCUCAUGAUUUCUAGCUGCGGGGUUUUGAUGAUCUUUGUUUCUGCCAAUUUUAUGUCAAGAAAAGUUCAAAUCUCCCUCCUGUUCACCUCUUUUCGGUCACUCGGAGUCCCGUGUGAUCUCUGAUGUUGUAUUUGCCUCUCAGCCACCUUGGCCACAUUUCCAAAACCCUGGGUUUCCUGGGAGAAUCCAGUAAAAGAAAGGGCUGAAAUGAUAACCUGGCUAACCAGUGACCCAGUUGUGUAUCCAAGGAGCCGGUGCUCACCACUCGGGGAACCAGAGUGAUCGGGAGCAGACUGACCUCGUGACCUAAAGCGGGUGUGAACUCUCACCUAGAAAACCUAGGGGACCUUUGAAACCUGUAAUGGUCAUUUAUUGCAUGAAUUGGAGUAUCCCCCUGCAGGUGAGAGGAUGCUAUCCUGCGUAUGAGCACCAGACAACUAUGCUGAAAUGUCACUCCUCCUCUCACAUGAAAGUACUGACAACUAUUUAUAACUAGAGUUCUGAAGAACUGUAUUUGAGGGUGUCAAAUCAAGCUUGUAAUUUAAAAUCUACACCAACAAAA